AUGGUGGCCGCGGCGGCAGCAGCACCGUGCUGGUCCGAGCUCCCAACCGAUCUCCUCACGAGCAUCGUGCAGCUCCUCGAGCUCCCGGGAGCCCUCGCCUUCGCGACCGUCUGCGCGUCAUGGCGCUCGGCCGCGGCUGCCGGCGGCGUGCCACCCCCGGGCACGCCAUGGCUCAUGUCCUGGGAACAAGAACCCCACCCAGCCAUCGGGCGCAGCCGCUCGGCCGUGACCUGCAAGCUCCGCAAUCUCCUCGACGUCGACAAGGCCUACAGCGUCACGUUCCCGGCGGGCACCUUCGUCACCUGCUGCGGCGCCUCCGACGGGUGGCUGGUGGUGGUGGACGAGCUCUGCAACCUCUCGCUCCACAACUUCUUCACCUCGCGCACGAUCCCUCUGCCGCCGGUCACCGACUUCCCGCGGGUGGAGGCCGAGCACGACGACCAGGGGAAAAUCGAACGUUACCGUCUCAAAUCCCUGUACCGGCACAGCCCAGACGUUACGUACGACGCGCAUCAUCUGGCAACCUUCUUCUACCAGAAGGCGGUGCUGUCCGGCAACCCGUCCAGAGGCGGCGGCGGCGACUACAUCGUCACGGUCGUCCACUACGGCGGCGAGUGGAUCUCCUACGCCAGGUCCGGAGAUGCCAGAUGGCGGGUGCUGGUCUCCAACCACUACUGGGGCCAAGAUCGGCACAACGGGAGCGGAAGGAUCUACGCCGAGUGCGCGUACCACAACGGGAGCAUCUACGCCGUGACCUACAAGGGGGGCGUGGAGCGAUGGGACCUCGACGCCGCCGGAAUGCCAUCGUGGAAGGCGGUGUUGCUAUACUGCCCGCGCGACGCCGUCCUCACCAGGCACCUGGUGGCCGCGCCGGGCGGCGGGCUGUGGCAGGUCAGCGCGGUGUGGGAGCCGGCACGCGCGGCGGUCCCGGACGGGAUCAGGUUCACGUUCCGCGUGGUGGAUGACGACGACGGCGUUGAUGCCGGGGAGCGGGGGUCGAUGCAGGAGCACGCGCUGUUCCUCGGGCUGAACCGGUCGGCGUGUUUACUGGCGAAGAACUUCCCCGGCGUGAGGCCUGGCGUGCUCUACUUCUCCGCGCCUUGGAUGAGGCAGUACGCCCCCGAGAUGCUCGAGCGGGUGGGCGACUGGGGAGGCGCCAGGGCCUAUGACCUCAAGGCGAGGGCGAGGACGUUCGAGCGCGUGUUCCCCGGCGUGCUGCCGGAGUCUGCGCGGCUGAUGGACUGCCCUACGGAGGUGUGGAUCACGCCCAAUCUGUACUAG